AUGACCGAUGACGGGAUCGCUGUGCUUUUUACUGCCAUCGCUCGCUACCCACGUCGUCCUCAGUGGCUAUCUCAAGCGUGGGAACAAGCGCAAGCUUGUAAUGAAGACUCAAAUGACAAGAUUUUCCAGAUUGACUUUCCUACUUGGUUUGCAUACCAAAGUUUGAAAUCAAGUGUAGAAUCUUCCGUGCAUUUUGUUGGCCAAUCUGAAAUGCGAAAGGUGCUUGAAUGGCUAGACAACCAGCCUAUUCAUUAUAGAAGAGCAAUCGCGCAAAAGGUCUGCGCCACCAUAAAGGCCGAGGAUAGGAGUAGGAUACUCAGCUGGGAAAAUAGAAUCACAAGAAAACGACGUUGUCCCGACUCCACAUCACCGACACCACGCUUGCUACGGCCGUCAGCACCAAAACACCUACCUUCGACACCCCAUCACACAGAAGUAUGGACCCUCCAAAAUACUGAGGUAUUAGGGUCAGGAACCCUCAUUGAUCCGUCUCUGUCGGAAACUAAGAAACUCCUCCCUCCUUAUUUAUUCGGGGCCGUGAAGAAGAUCAAUUCAGGAACGCGGGAGACAGCCUCUAUUACCAUGGAAUAUCCUCGCGGAAACGGAUAUGAAAUAUGUUUCUCUAUCGAGAGUAACAAGGUCGAGAAUAUCAGUAGAGAGUUAUUCGGCGCACUUAUAGAGACGACAUACAAUGGCAUUCGGUAUUUAUCCUGCGGUACUUUUCAAAUCAUCCCUAGUGAUAAUUCUACUAUACGGGGAUGUCGCGUAUCGUCAAUUAUACCCUUUUUCGGAGAUGUUUUAGGCCCCGCAAUUUGCGCAAGCCAACCAUGCCAACGUGAUAUAAAGACAUUAUCGGAGCAUACAUGGGCAGUAUCUUUGACGAUAUCCCAUAAAUUCGGGGAUGCAGCUCUUCUCGUUGCAACUGUAGAUCUGCACCAAGGGACAUGUAUUGCGGCUAAGUUGUACGAUAGCCAGGAAGGCUAA